AUGAACACGAGAAGUGGAUGUUCACUAAAGCUAAAACAAACCGCAUUUUUAGGACUUCUUAUUUCAACUAUGUCUAACAACACCUUCAUCACUGCAUUUACUUAUGCAACUGGCGAUGGUCCAUACUCAGUGGCAGUGGUCGAUGUCAAUAAUGACAACAAAUCCGAUAUAGUUACCGCUAACAACCGUGAAAGCACUGUCAGUGUUCUUCUUAAUACAGGCACUGGAACGUUUUCUGCUCAAACUACUUAUGCAACUGGCACUUAUCCAAAUUCAGUGGUAGUGGUUGAUGUCAAUAAUGACAACAAAUCCGAUAUAGUUACCGCUAACUACGGUGCAAACAACGUCAGUGUUCUUCUUAAUGCCGGCAAUGGGACGUUUUCUGCUCAAACUACUUAUGCAACUGGCCCUGCUCCAAAUUCAGUGGCAGUGGUCGAUGUCAAUAAUGACAACAAACCCGAUAUAGUGACCGCUAACUACGUUGCAAACAACGUCAGUGUUCUUCUUAAUGCCGGUAAUGGGACGUUUUCUGCUCAAACUACUUAUGCAACUGGUGCUGGUCUAGCCUCAGUGGCAGUGGUCGAUGUCAAUAAUGACAACAAACCCGAUAUAGUUACCGCUAACGACGGUGCAAACACUGUAAGUGUUCUUCUUAAUGCCGGUAAUGGGACGUUUUCUGCUCAAACUACUUAUGCAACUGGUACUGGUCCAGUCUCAGUGGCAGUGGUCGAUGUCAAUAAUGACAACAAACCCGAUAUAGUUACCGCAAACUACGUUGCAAACACUGUAAGUGUUCUUCUUAAUGCCGGUAAUGGGACGUUUUCUGCUCAAACUACUUAUGCAACUGGUACUAAUCCAAUAUCAGUGGCAGUGGUCGAUGUCAAUAAUGACAACAAAUUCGAUAUAGUUACCAGUAACUUCGGUGCAAAUUCUGUCGGCAUCAGCUUGCACUGCUAA